UCACCGUCGUCAUCCUCGUCAUCUCCUUCGUCAUCAACACCAUCAUCAUCAUUGUCACCAUCACUAUCGUCGCGCCGCAACGAGAUAUCCGUGCUGUCCGUCUUUUUUGUGUGAGUCCAACACGACACGUCCUUUGCUCUCUUUUUUUUUUCAUUUUCUCCCUGUCAUAUACAUGCUUACUUCCGCUAGCAUCACCAAUAUCCAUCGAGGUGGAGUCUGCUCUGUCAAUCUCUCUCUCUUUCAGUUUCUCUCUUUCUAUAUCUCUCUCUCUCUCUCUUUCUCUCUCUUUCUUCCAAACGCGUUUUCGCCGGGUCUCGUGUGCUUUCGACGCCGGCCGGUCCUCAUUCGUCUCUUCGUGCGUCAUCCAACGCCAUCUCUCCGAAAGGCGGCCGACUGGCGCCAAAUGUGUUCCGUAGCGACAUCUUUCCGUGGCAGGAUAUACUCAAUCGUUCUUGUGUUACUCUGGGACAAAAAUCGUAUCUCACCCCUCUUUUUCUAUUCUGAUUCCACUACCCCUUCAUGAGAUUAUGAGAUCUCAAUUAAAUCAAUUGAUCAUUGAUUUCGGUAGCUACUAUACAUAAGAAUGAAAAAAAUAUAAGGGAAGUUAGAAGAUUUGAACAAUUUUGGUUUUCUCCUUCCCCCUUCUUUCUCUCUCUCUCUCUCUCUCGCUCUCUCGCUAGCGCCCUUAAACUCUCUUAUCCCCUCCUCGACAUUUUGUAUUCUCCAAUAAGAGUGGUACCACCAUUCUGCUACCAUUUUUCACCGAUUUCCACGCUGGAUUGUCUCAUUGCUCAUUCGUGUCCAGUGAGUGCGACCUAGCAGUUACAUUUUGGAAACACUCGACCCGGAAGUUUCUCAAAGAUAUCGCAAAAAUUCGAAUACGAAAGUUCGCUUAGUGGUUUGUUUUUACAUACAGCAGGAGCAAAAUGAAGUGAUAGACUCCGAGAGUGCUUCAUACACACACCGGACGAUAUUUUCUACUUGUGCUUACCACGAAAUCGAAGAGGAACCAACAACAUGCCACAGUGUGCCGUAGCCAGCUGCCGCAACAGCCACCGGCGAACUCGUGCCGAAGCAGUGAGAUAUCACAGAUUCCCUCGACACUCGGAAGUGCGAGAACGGUGGGUUAGAGCCUGCGGUAGAACACCUAAUACGAAUGGCGACCCACCGUUUAACAUCUCAACUGCGAGGAUAUGCUCGUCCCACUUCGAAGACGAAUAUUAUGAGAAGGACGGACCCUCCGGUGCCAAAAGGAGCAGGCUGAAGCCCGGCGCUGUGCCGACGCGUCAUGUCCCGACACCGGUUCAGCCAUUCGUCGAGAUGAUGAGUGCCAGCGAAGAGAAGCGGUUGCAAGUUGCCCAGAAAUCAGGGCAACCAAAAACAAAGCCCAUGGCACCGCGACGACGAAACAGCCAAAAAGUAAAUCUAGCUCAAGCUAGUGAACGCGUCGAUCGCGGCAAUAUGAAUGGCGACAGCAACGUGGACGAGCAUAGUAACAGCGGUCUCAGCGUUGGUUCCAGCAAUGGUGGCAACAGCGGCAUCAGCGAUAAUGUUGUCCCAAGGAUGAGCGGAAAGCGUGGUAACAGCGGCUACGGAAGUCUCAGCAGCGUCCGUAAUAGUGCCAUUCCGAGUACCAGUAAGCAGGCCGACGAAUUGGACCGACUGCAGCAGCAACGGAAGUCGGACGUAACAUCAAUGGCGAGAAGCAUCUCGAAGAAGGACUUCAUGGCAGCCUUAAAACUGAUUCCUACCAAAGAGCCUGAAGACUUGAACAAGAUGCACGCGAUGGAGGGUACUGUUGAAAAUAGGCGAAACGUGAACACUGCGGAAGAGGACAAGACGAAGGCCUCUUCGUCGCAGGUACCGCAGAGUCAGCAGAACGGUGCCGCUCUUCCGGAAGAGACGGCUACGACGGCACCUACGGCAGCAGUGAAUCGCGCUCACACCAAGAACGACAUAAAGAAUGAGAAUUCGCAUUGCGACGUCGGAACGCUGGUUGCAAAGAGCAAACAGCUUCUCACGUCUGGUGCGUCGCGGCAGAAGUUAACUCCGGGCAACGUCGCGCAGCGUCAUCCCAAGUAUGAAUCCAUCGAGAACUCGUCGAAGACGGAGAUUCAGCGAAAACGGAAGUCCACCAACGGGCAAGCGUUCUCGUCCGGGAGCUCUCGGAAGAAGUUCCGCAACGACGACGAACGAGAGCAACUUAUUUUGAGACUGAUCGGCGACAGGAACGAGACGGUUGAGCAACUCAUGGCGAGAGCCACUCGAUUACAAUCUGAUAUCUUGGCUCUCAAAGAAUUAGCAAAUACCAAAGAGCAGGAAUGGAACGAGAUCCUGAAGAAGAGGAAACUUACGGAGGAAGCGUACGUAAGGCUCGACAGAAAGAUACAAAUGAUAGACUACAUGGAGAGCGACAGUCAGCUGCCUCCCGCUGGAUCGUCGUUAGAGACCGAAUGGGAGAACAGCGAUUGCGUCAGUCUUGUACCUAAGGAAAAACAUUUCGAAUCUAGGGACGAUACGUCCGCAGAAAGAUCUUCUGAUUUGUCAAUAUCGUCGGUUCAAAAAAGGAAAAUCACCGCGCAGCAACGCAUGACACCGCCGAAAACUAAUGGCGAAAGCGGUCGGAAGCAAAGUGAAGCAUCAAGUCUGGAUAGCCGGCUGAUUGGUGAAGGUCGUCAAGGUACGAUAGUGGACGUCAGAUCCAUUAUCGCUGAUCACAGGCUCAAGCAUCCGGAAACUGUACCGAGGAGGGGACGAAGGAUGAGGAAUUCGGUGAACAUCGGGCUCGGAGCCGGCGGUGCCAUGGUUGAAACAGGACACAAUGCCGAUUCGAGGCCGUCUAGUACGGAAUCGUGCAAGAGCAAUCCGACCGCAUCCGACUCUCUCAACUACAAGGACAUGCUAGUGCAGUUCGCCAAGCUGAGCCAGCAAGGUGAACCAGUGAAGGUACCGCAAAACUAUCCAGACGUGACGCUCCAUCCCGUGGCACCGUCACCCGCGGCCCAAAACGCUGCGUCUCAACCGACCGGCUCGCUCUUACACGGGAUUCUAACAAAGGCGCAGUCGCCAAGAUCCACCACUUUUUCACCUACGUUAGCAAGAUUACUUACUGCGCCCGAGAGAGAAAGGAAUUCCCCGGCAGCCGUGGCGGCCGCGUCCAUGUCGCAGCAGGGCACCGCGACUCAACACCUCUUGCAGACGUACCAAGGUUCUAAUCUGGUUUCUAUAAACGAUCUUCUGUCUUCUUCCAAGGCUCGCACAGAGAUAACUAUCACCCCCGUCGUAAACACCUCCGCGCAAUCACACUCCAACGAUCUAAUUCAAGUGCAGGACGUGGAGGAAGAAACGACAAUAAUCGAUGAGAGGAAAGGAAACGCGGCAGGCGGAAGGGACGGUAAACAAGUGGUGAAGGAUAAUCCACCCUCACCGAACUCCCCGCCAAAGUGUCAAGGAUGCAUGAUUCGUUCUGCGCAGUUUGUUUGCGCUGGAUGUGGAAAUCAGUGGUAUUGCAGUCGUACAUGUCAGCUUGCCGCGUGGGCAACGCACUCGGACCAUUGCCCGCCCGAACCCGAAAACAGCAAAGUCAAAUCCAACGCUUAAUAUCUGGGCAUCUCUAUGACGACAUCAAGUAAAGUAAAAUGUCUAAUUUAAAUGAAUCUAGUCAAGAGAGGAAGGAUCGAGAACAUAAUUCUCGUGGAGCGACAAAUGAGAUGCAGAAAGAAGGAGAGCUGAGGGAGAGAGAUAAUAUUAAUUUAGCAAUGGAAACCGGAAGGAGCCUCAUGAUUCUGGAAUCAAUGAUUUUGUUACGGUCCUACCGAAGCAUUUACCGAUGCGUGCGUGCAUCUAUCCUCCUCGAAGAAAAAGAAUGUUCCACGUUGCACUCGUUCGAGCUUUUAGAUGAAGAGAAUGGAUUUGAUUGCGAGAUCGAUAACGGAGUAUUGACGAAACAUUGAAUACCACUGAUUUACAAGCCUGCGUUUAUACUAUAUAAUUUUUUAGACUUUACUACGCUAGUCGAAAGACCUAGAGUUUUGAAAAGACGAAUGCGGGGAGAGGGAUGUAGCGUAAUCCCGAGGCGCUUUGUAAAAGUGAAAAGCACAAUAUCGAAUAUUGCGAUGAUGCUGUACAUAAUUUUAUACGAUUUAGCAAAGUUAUUCAGCGUCGGAUUUUAGAAUGUCGGUUAAUCGCUCGCGUGCCAUGUGUAAGAUUUGGGGCGGAUUGGGAUCGCGAAUCAGCCUUGACGUAAGAAGAUCUCGUAAAACAUACAUAUUUUUCUCAUUUUUUUAUUAUCAUAAGAUUUGCGACCAAUCCAAAGUUGCGACAAUUGAUGUAUAUAGUAGAAUAUAUAUGCCAUAAUAAUAAUAAUCUUAUAAUAUGGCUAUCGUGACAAUUUUUAUAUAAACUUUUUUUAUCUCUUGCAUCAAAUUCUUGGUAUAUUACAAAGUAUUCUUUGCAAACGAUUAGUACGUAUUAUUAAUCUAUAUAGAUUGCGUAUCUGCAGCAGAGGAUCUUUCUGCUCCCGCUCAAUUCGCCCCUGCGUAAAAAUUUGUUUCUCAUCUGAUCGUUUCUAAUAUCAACGAUUUUAAGUUAUUACAGAUAAUUUGAAAUGUUUUUCUUUUUUAUAUUCAUGUAGAAUAUCUUCAUUUUCUUUCUUUCUUUUUUUAACCGUAUUCAUUUUCGCGAAUGAAUGGUAGGCCGCGAAAGCACAAGUCCGGUUUGCGUAAUGUACACGAUCAUCCAUUCACUUGUAGAAAUGAGUAUCAUGCAUACAAUAUUUUACAUUACGUUUGUUACCAAUGCGUAUAUUUAGGUUUAUGAAUCGUUAAUCUUAAAGUACGAUAGGACGUUCCCCUUUUUUUAUUUUGUUGGUGACAUAUCUUUUCGUAUAUUUUAAGUUUUAUUAAUAUGUUACCGAAACGACGAUUGCCCCCGACAUAAUCUGUAGCCCAAAGUUCCUACAGAUACAUGCAACAUGAUUAUAUAUAUUUUUCCCGAUUACAAAACCAAAAUAAAGUUUUUAAUCGUA